UCUCCGUUACCCCAUAGUUCCGCUUUGUGUCUGUACUGCGUUGCACUUCACGCAUCCGAGAAACCAGAAACACCUCGCAACAAAUUAAAAAAAUAAAGAGAAAAUUAGAAAUCUCCACCGUCAACACCCCAAAUUCUCCAACUCAAAAACCUCGAAAAAAAGAGAGUAAAAAAUGAAUAAUCAAAAUCCAUAACUAACAGAAAACAACAAUAACCUCCAUUGAAAUGGACAAAGAAACCGACCUUCUCUCUCGCCUAGCAGCGAACCAUCUCCACUUAGCUCAAUUCGAGCCAUUACGAGCCAUCCUCACAUCUCUCCGCACCAAAAACCCUGACCUCGCUCUCGCAAUUCUCCAAACCAUAGUAUCCAAUUCUGGCAGGUUCGAUAACAUUCUCUGGUCCCAAUCUUGCCCUAAUCCAUCACUCCUCACAUUUUUAUCAACCCUAGAGCUCUUACAACUUAACAAUCCGACUUCGCAUACAUGGCGCUUCGAUUCCGUUACGCUUCGGUUGCGUGUAGAGUUUUUGUUGUUGAUUCAACUUUUGAUUGAUCGCGUGACGGAGAGUUUGCGCAAGAAUGUCGAUCUCGAUAGGUUUGAGAAAGAGGAGGGGGAGAUUGGUGUGGGAGAGAGUUCUGGAGGAAGGGGGGCGGAGGAGGAGGAGGAGGAGGAGGAGGGGUUUUUAGAUAAUUUUGAGGGUUUGAAGGAUGGGAGUGGUGAGUUAGAGGUUUUGGAUAAGGUUUUGGAGUUUGGUGUGAAGAGAUUGAAGGGAGAUGUGGAUUUGGACGGGAAUGAAGUGGGAGGGAGUGGGAGAGGGGAGGGUUCCAGUUCCGGUGGUGUUGUGGCAAUUGAGGAAGGGGAGAUGAUGUGUUUGAGGAAGGUGAUUUUGGAUAAUGCGGAUGUUUUUGAUGCGUUGUGUUGGAAUGUAGAGAGCCAAAUGAAGGGGAUGAAGGUUGAGAAUGAGAAUUCAGGUAUGGAGAUAACGGUGAGGGGGGAGGAGAGUGAGAAAGUGGAGGAGGAAGGUGUGGAGUUGUUUGAUUUGAUUAGAAAGUGUGUGCAGUUAGCGCAUGUGGAUGCAAUGAAGGAGUGUUCAAAAGAGGGAGAUGAAGGAGUAUUUUCACAUAUCCGCUUUCUGCAUCUCGAUCGUGGCCUGGAGGAGAGUGAGUAUCGCAUUGUGCUGCAAGAUCUCCUUGUGAGGGUUUUGUCAACAAGGAAAGGAUAUGGAACCUCAUGGCAUGACAUGCAAGAAAAAUUGCUUCGGAUCUAUGAAGAGGCUCUUUCAUCGAAUUGUAGACAUCUUGUUGAAAUGAUUCAGGUUAUCCAGGAUGACUUGCUCCGUCAAGAGAUUGAGAUGUCUCGAGCACAUGCUGACAAACAGAUUCCACUCCCUUUAGAGCACUUUCAGGGGUAUCUUAUGGAAAUGAAACUGGAUGAAGAUUCAAAUGACCCAUCUUUUUCCUUGAGUAGGGCUGUCAGUAUUUGCAUGAGAGAGAUGUACCACUAUGCUCGUGUUUCAGAAGUACAUAUACUUGAAUGCUUCAUGGAUACAGCCCUCUCGGCUGUCAAGAGGGAGCAGCUUCAAGAAGCUAGCUAUUUUCUCAAGCUGUUUCCACGGCUUAGGCCCCUAGUAGCUGCCAUGGGUUGGGAUCUGUUGGCAGGUAAAACAACUGCUCGGAGGAAAUUAAUGCAACUUCUCUGGACAAGCAGGAAGUCGCAAAUACUUCGACUAGAAGAGUCUGCAACAUAUGGUAAUCAAUUGGAUGAGAUGUCUUGCGUGGAGCAUCUAUGUGAUUCAUUAUGUUAUCAGCUUGAUCUUGCCUCUUUUGUUUCUUGUGUCAAUUCUGGUCAAUCAUGGAAUUCAAAGUCAUCACUGUUGUUGUCUGGAAACCAACAAAUAAUUUCUGCAAGCGAAGAUAAUCAUUCAGAACGUUUUGUUGAAAACUUUGUGCUGGAAAGACUUUCUGUUCAAAGCCCUCUUCGCGUAUUGUUUGAUGUUGUUCCAACCAUGAAGUUUCAGGAUGCUAUUGAAUUAAUUAGCAUGCAGCCAAUUUGUUCUGACAUAGCAGCCUGGAAAAGAAUGCAAGAUAUUGAACUAAUGCACAUGCGUUAUGCUCUGGAAUCAACUGUUCUUGCAUUGGGAGUGAUGGAGAGGUGUACGACUGAUGAAAGACAGAGUCAUCAUCAAGUGGCUCUUUGCCACUUGAAAGACCUGAGGAACCACUUGGAGGCUAUUACCAAUAUUCCACGCAAGAUAUUGAUGGUGAAUGUUAUAAUUUCACUUUUACAUAUGGAUGAUAUCUCUCUCAAUUUGACGCAUUGUGCCUCACCAGGGAGCAAUUCUGAAUCAUCCUCCACAUGUGCUUGGGACCAUACUGAUGUCACUUUUUGUGAAGGAGGGAAAGAAAUGGUUAUUUCUUUCACAGGAUUGCUACUUGAUAUUCUACAUCGCAAUCUUCCACCAGGCUUGAUUGAAGAGCAUACACCAAAUGAUGGUAUGAGUAUAGAUGGAAGACAGGCCUUAGAGUGGAGAAUAUCAAUAGCUAGAGAUUUCAUUGAGGAUUGGCAGUGGCGGUUGUCAGUUUUGCAACGUCUUCUACCAUUAUCUGAGUGCCAAUGGGGAUGGAAGGAGGCGCUGACUGUCCUACGUGCAGCCCCAUCCAAGCUGCUUAACCUUUGCAUGCAAAGAGCGAAGUAUGACAUUGGUGAAGAGGCAGUUCAUCGAUUUUCUUUAUCAGCAGAAGAUAGAGCUACCCUUGAAUUGGCUGAAUGGGUUGACGGUGCUGUUAGAAGAGCGUCUGAAUCCAGAUUGGUAGAAGAUGCAGUGUCUCGUGCUGUGGAUGGGACUUCAGCAGUGCAAGACCUAGAUUUUUCUUCUUUACGAUCCCAAUUGGGUUCUUUGGCUGCAAUUCUUUUAUGCAUUGAUGUUGCUGCAACUUCUGCGAGGUCGGCACGUAUGUCUCAACAACUCCUGGAUCAGGCUCAAGUUAUGUUAUCUGAGAUAUAUCCAGGAGCAUCUCCAAAGAUAGGCUCGACUUACUGGGAUCAGAUUCUUGAAGUGGGAAUUAUUUCUGUAUCACGACGUGUUCUCAAGCGUCUACAUGAAUUCUUGGAACAAGGUGAUGGUCCUGGCCUCCAGGCAUUUCUGGCUGGGGAGAUUAUUAUAUCGUCAUCAAAGGAGUUGCUCCGGCAGGGGCAAAGAGAACGUACUCUUGCUAUUUUGCAUCAGAUGAUUGAAGAUGCUCACAGGGGGAAGCGACAGUUUCUGAGUGGUAAGCUUCAUAAUCUUGCAAGAGCUAUUGCUGAUGAAGAAACAGAGGUAAAUAUAGUAAAAGGUGACAACCCAUAUGCGGAGCGUAAACUCUUGUCUCACUUUGACAAGGAAGGGGUUCUUGGACUUGGGUUAAAAGUUGCAAAACAGACACCCAAAAGUUCUGCUGGUGGAGAAACUAGCAUGCAGCCUGUUGGUUAUGAUAUAAAAGAUACAGGGAAGAGAUUGUUUGGUCCUUUGAGUGCUAAGCCUACAACGUAUCUUUCACAAUUUAUUCUCCAUAUUGCUGCAAUUGGUGACAUAGUUGAUGGCACUGAUACAACUCAUGAUUUCAACUUUUUCUCACUGGUUUAUGAGUGGCCUAAAGAUCUUCUAACUCGUUUAGUCUUUGACCGAGGCAGCACUGACGCAGCUGGCAAGGUUGCUGACAUUAUGUGUGCUGAUUUUGUCCAUGAAGUUAUUUCAGCAUGUGUACCUCCUGUUUAUCCACCUCGGUCUGGUCAUGCAUGGGCUUGCAUUCCUGUCGCUGCUACCUUCCAUAAGAGUUAUGCGGAGAAUAAAGUGUUGUCUCCAGCCUGCAAAGAAGCUAAGCCUAAUUGCUACCGUAGUUUCUCAGCAACUCCUGGAAUUCCUUUGUACCCCCUCCAGUUGGAUAUUGUAAAACAUCUCGUUAAAAUAUCCCCAGUGAGGGCUGUGCUAGCAUGUGUUUUUGGGAGGAGUAUCUUAUACAGUGGCAGUGACUCUUCUAUGUCUGGUUCCAUGGAUGAUGGUUCAUUGCAGGAACCUGACAAUGACAGACUAUUUUAUGAAUUUGCUCUUGAUCAAUCUGAGAGAUUCCCCACUUUAAACCGGUGGAUACAAAUGCAAACGAACCUCCAUCGAGUUUCAGAGUUUGCUGUAACAUCUGGACGAAAAGCUGAUGCUGGUGAGGUUAAAGCCGACACAAGGGUUGCUAUUAAGAGAUUUCGUGAGCGAGAUAGUGAUACCGAGUCAGAAGUUGAUGACACUUUUGGUAGCAGUACUAUUUCAACUACUUUGCCAGACCUUGGCAGUCAAGGUGGUUCAGCUCCUGAACCACAAGAGGAUUCCUCAAAAUCUGACGCAUUUGAACUGGACACUACAGCUUUUCUCUCCCUGGAUUGGGAAAAUGAAGAACCUUAUGAGAAAGCAGUGGAGAGAUUGAUUGGUGAAGGAAAAUUAAUGGAUGCUCUUGCACUUUCGGAUCGCUUUUUACGUGAUGGAGCCUCGAACCAGUUACUUCAAUUACUCAUUGAACGCAGAGAAGAAGACCAUCCAUUCUCUGGACCUCAAGGUUAUGGGGGGCAUCGUAUCUGGAGCAAUAGCUGGCAGUAUUGCUUGCGAUUGAAGGAUAAACAACUGGCAGCUAGACUUGCCCUCAAGUAUAUGCACAGAUGGGAACUUGAUGCUGCUCUAGAUGUACUCACCAUGUGCAGCUGCCACCUACCUGAGAGUGAUCCAGUCAGGAAUGAGGUCUUGCAAAGGAGAAAGGCUUUGCAAAGGUACAACCAUAUAUUAACCGCAGAUGAUCAUUAUAGCAGCUGGCAAGAGGUUGAGGAAGAGUGUAAGGAAGAUCCUGAAGGCUUGGCACUCAGAUUAGCUGGGAAAGGAGCUGUUUCUGCUGCCCUAGAAGUGGCUGAGAGUGCAGGACUGUCAACAGACUUGAGGAGAGAACUCAAGGGUCGGCAACUUGUGAAACUUCUUACUGCAGACCCACUCAAUGGAGGGGGUCCUGCAGAAGCUUCACGCUUUCUUUCUUCACUACGUGAUUCAGAUGAUGCUUUACCAGUUGCAAUGGGCGCAAUGCAGCUAUUACCCAAUCUGCGUUCAAAGCAACUUCUUGUACACUUUUUCCUUAAACGAAGAGAUGGGAAUCUGUCAGAUGUCGAGGUUGCCCGGCUUAACUCAUGGGCUUUGGGCCUUCGUGUUCUUGCUGCCUUGCCAUUGCCAUGGCAGCAAAGGUGUUCUUCCCUGCAUGAGCACCCGCAUUUGAUAUUGGAGGUUCUUCUGAUGAGGAAACAGCUGCAGUCUGCUUCUCUGAUCCUUAAAGAAUUUCCUUCUCUGAGAGACAACAUUGUAGUUGUUUCAUAUGCUGCUAAAGCAAUUGCUGUUAUUAUUAACUCUCCCGCCAGAGAACCACGGAUCUCUGUUUCUGGAACAAGACCAAAACCUAAAACGAGAGCAGGUGUGCCUACAAGGUCAUCUUUUACUAGCAGUUUAAAUAACUUGCAAAAAGAGGCUCGCAGAGCCUUUUCUUGGGCCCCACGAAAUAAUGGAGAUAAGAAUGCUACAAAAGAUUCUUAUCGCAAAAGAAAGAGUUCUGGUUUGCCACCAACUGAAAGAGUGGCAUGGGAGGCAAUGACUGGAAUUCAAGAGGAUCAUGCAUCAUCAUAUUCUGCAGAUGGGCAGGAACGGCUCCCACCAGUUUCAAUUGCUGAGGAAUGGAUGCUUACUGGUGAUGUUAUUAAGGAUGAAGCUGUUCGCACAUCACACCGAUAUGAAAGUGCCCCUGACAUUAUACUUUUUAAGGCGCUGCUAUCAUUGUGUUCUGAUGAAUUGAUGGCCGCCAAAAGUGCUCUGGAUUUAUGUAUGAAUCAGAUGAAGAAUGUUUUGAGUGCAAGACAGUUAUCGGAGAAUGCAUCGACAGAAACAAUUGGUAGAGCAUAUCAUGCGACAGAGACAUUUGUUCAGGGGCUACUUUAUACUAAAUCCUUGCUGAGGAAGCUUGUUGGGGGGAGUGACUUGUCAAGUAAUUCUGAAAGAAGUAGGGAUGCUGAUGAUGCCUCUUCAGAUGCUGGUAACUCUAGUGUAGGCAGUCAGUCCACAGAUGAACCAUCUGAAAUCUUGUCACAGGCAGACAUUUGGCUAGGACGUGCUGAGUUGCUCCAAAGCCUUCUGGGAUCAGGAAUUGCUGCUUCUCUUGAGGAUAUUGCUGAUAAAGAGUCAUCUGCUCGUCUCCGUGACAGGUUGAUUGUUGAUGAACAGUACAGCAUGGCUGUAUAUACUUGCCGGAAGUGUAAGAUUGAUGUUUUCCCUGUGUGGAAUGCUUGGGGACAUGCUUUGAUUCGGAUGGAACACUAUGCGCAAGCUCGAGUGAAAUUCAAGCAAGCUCUUCAAUUGCACAAGGGUGACCCUACUGCCAUCAUUCAAGAAAUUAUCAAUACAAUUGAAGGAGGUCCACCAGUGGAUGUGUCAGCUGUUCGUUCUAUGUAUGAACAUUUGGCCAGAAGUGCACCAACCAUCUUGGAUGAUUCUCUUUCGGCUGAUUCAUAUCUCAAUGUUCUGAACAUGCCAUCUACAUUUCCACGUUCAGAGAGAUCUAGGCGUUAUCAAGAAUCUGCAAAUAAUAACUCAGCUUACAGCUCUGAGUUUGAAGAUGGACCUCGCAGCAAUUUGGACAGUGUUCGUUAUGUUGAGUGCGUUAAUUAUUUACAAGAAUAUGCUCGUCAGCAUUUGCUUGGAUUUAUGUUCAGACAUGGCCACUACACUGAUGCCUGCAUGUUGUUCUUUCCACAAAAUGCUGUUCCACCACCUCCUCAACCUUCAGCCAUGGGAGUAGCAACUUCAUCUUCAUCGCCACAAAGAUUAGACCCUUUAGCAACUGAUUAUGGGAAUAUUGAUGAUUUGUGUGACUUGUGUAUUGGUUAUAGUGCCAUGAAUGUUCUUGAAGAAGUGAUAUCGACAAGAAUAGCAUCUGCAAAACAACAGGAUGUAAACCAGCAUACUGCUGCAGUCCUUGCACGUAUUUGCACCUAUUGUGAAACUCAUAGGCAUUUCAAUUAUCUCUACCAGUUUCAGGUAAUCAAGAAAGAUCAUGUUGCUGCUGGACUAUGUUGUAUUCAGUUAUUUAUGAAUUCCUUUUCACAAGAGGAAGCUGUUAAACACUUGGAGAAUGCCAAGAUGCAUUUUGAUGAAGGAUUAUCAGCUCGAUACAAAGGUGGAGACUCUACAAAACUUGUCACAAAGGGUGUUCGAGGAAAAAGUGCCUCUGAGAAGCUCACAGAAGAAGGACUUGUUAAGUUUUCUGCUAGGGUUUCAAUCCAGGUGGAAGUUGUGAAAUCCUCUAAUGAUUCAGAUGGACCUCAGUGGAAACAUUCUCUAUUUGGAAACCCAAAUGAUCCAGAAACCUUUAGGAGAAGGUGUGAGAUUGCAGAAACACUCGUUGAAAAGAACUUCGAUUUGGCUUUCCAAAUAAUCUAUGAAUUUAAUCUUCCAGCUGUUGAUAUAUAUGCUGGUGUUGCUGCAUCACUUGCUGAGAGAAAAAGAGGCAGCCAGUUGACCGAAUUUUUUAGAAAUAUUAAAGGGACUAUUGAUGAUGAUGAUUGGGAUCAGGUCUUGGGAGCUGCAAUAAACAUAUAUGCUAAUAAACAUAAAGAACGUCCUGACCGUCUCAUCGGCAUGUUAACCAGCAGUCACAGGAAGGUGCUGGCUUGUGUUGUCUGUGGUCGUCUAAAGAGUGCAUUUCAAAUUGCGUCACGAAGUGGAAGUGUGGCUGAUGUUCAAUAUGUUGCUCAUCAGGCAUUACAUGCAAAUGCACUGCCAGUACUUGAUAUGUGCAAACAGUGGUUGGCACAGUACAUGUAAUUUGUAGCUCAUGAGAAGUGCAGUUUUACUCUAGGCCAAUAUGAUUGGUUGUAACGAUAGAAGUAAUUCCGAGCACCACUCUAGGAUGCUGAGAUGAACACAGUUUCCUUCAAAACCUGCACUUUAUGAACUCUCAGAGCGUCAGCAUUUGAGGUCUGUUCCUAUGUUUUUUAGCUUCCAGCUGCUCUUACAAUCCCUACCAUUGAACACAGCGUGCAUGGUGUUUGAUGGGUUGCUAAGUCUCGAGGACAUGUAGAGAAAACUACACCACAAGGCUAGUCAGAUAUUACACAGGAGCUCAUCGGCAUUCUGCCCAGACACUCAAACAAGAUAUUCAACUGGAAUACUUUUGGAUACUAGAGAUUUUAAUUUUGGAACCUUUUGGAUACAUGACAUAACGGUGCAACGACUGCUCAGUGAGGGGGCGUCGGUGUCAUUAUACAGGAAUUUGUGGGUAUAAAAAGAUGUAUAGCACUGAAACGGCUUCGACUUCAAAUUUGUUCAUUUUCGCAUCUGUAAUUUAUGAGGUUAGAUAACUAGGAAUGAAAACAACAGAAAGAAAGAAAGAGAUAGCAGGUUUUCUGUUUUCCUUUUGGAAUAAUUCCGUGGGCGUCUGCUCCUUGACGUUUCUCUGUGCUUGUUAUAUUUUGUAACAUUGUAGCUUAUUUUGUGGUCAACACGAGUUCAAGCAUUCGAAGAUAA